GCCGAAUUGACACAGAGAGCGCUCCGAUGCUUUGCCCUGUCAGAUCUGCAAGCUUGCGACAUGCAAGACGGCACACUCGACUGGACCGGCGCAGUUUUGCAAGUCACGUCGCGGUUCCCGGACAGAGCUACAUCGAGAAAGUGGUGCAAAGGCACGUCGUUGAUUGGCCAGAGGGUCGCCAAGUCAGGGCAGGCGACUUCGUCAUGCUCAGACCUCAACACGUCAUGACGCAUGACAACACCGGUCCGGUGAUAUCAAAGUUCAAGUCGAUUGGCGCCAAGGCUAUCUCGAAUCCCCGUCAGCCUGUGUUCACUCUUGACCACGACGUACAGAACAAGUCCGCAAAGAAUCUAGAAAAGUAUGCAAAGAUAGAAGCGUUUGCCAUGGAACGAGACAUCGAUUUCUACCCUGCCGGGCGAGGAAUUGGACAUCAAGUCAUGAUAGAGGAAGGCUACGCGUUUCCUCACACCCUUUGCGUCGCCUCAGACUCUCACAGCAAUAUGUAUGGUGGUGUAGGCUGUGUCGGCACGCCCAUCGUCCGCACAGAUGCAGCAGCGAUAUGGGCGACUCAGCGGACAUGGUGGCAAGUCCCGACGGUCGUUCAGGUCGAGUUGACAGGCAGACUUGCGCCUGGCGUGACGGGCAAAGAUGUUAUCGUCGCGCUAUGUGGCAAUUUCAACCGCGAUGAGGUACUCAAUUGCGCCAUCGAGUUCGUCGGUGCCGGUGUAUCUACGCUCUCGGUGGACGAGAGACUCGCCAUAGCCAAUAUGACCACAGAAUGGGGCGCACUAGCGGGCGUCUUCCCAGUCGAUUCGACUCUGCUCGACUGGUACCAUGAUCGGAUACGCAAGCUCGACUUUCAUAAAUUCCGUUCAGAGUUCACGACACAUCCUCGCUUGUCCACGCAAAGAUUGCAAGAUAUCGAGACCAAUCCCUUGAGAGCUGAUCCCGAUGCGCACUAUGCGAAACGACUCACACUCGACCUGAGCUCUCUCGUGUCUCACGUGUCUGGGCCGAACUCGGUAAAGAUCUCUACGCCUUUGCCGGAGCUCGAAGCGAGAGAUAUCAAGAUCCACAAGGCGUAUCUAGUGUCUUGCACAAAUUCUCGGGCGUCGGACCUGGCAGCCGCAGCUCGUGUACUACGAGGACAGAGGGUCGCAUCUGGCGUCGAGUUUUAUGUCGCUGCAGCGAGCAGCGUCGUUCAACGAGAAGCAGAGGAAUCGGGAGAUUGGGGUGCAAUCGUCGAUGCAGGCGCUCGUGUCUUGCCUGCAGGUUGCGGUCCCUGCAUCGGUCUCGGCACCGGCUUGCUCGAAGAUGGCCAGGUGGGCAUCUCUGCGACCAAUCGUAAUUACAAAGGCAGGAUGGGAAGCCCGAAUGCACAAGCAUACCUCGCCAGUCCAGAAGUCGUUGCUGCGAGUGCGAUAGCUGGCAAGAUCUGUGCGCCUAAGGAUCAUAUCGAACCGAGACAGUCUCAAUCUCCUACCAUCACACUGUCUCGUGCCGUUUCGAGCGAAGAUGCAGCAGAUGCCUCUGUGUCGUCUAGCACGACCGACGCAGUUUUGCCCUUGUUCCCAGAAAUCUUUUCUGGUCCAUUGCUGUUCGCUCCUCAGGACAAUCUCAACACAGAUGCGCUCUACCCUGGCAAGUAUACGUAUCAAGACGACAUCACGCCAGAUCGACAGGCAGAGGUUCUCAUGGAGAACUACGAUCCCAGCUUUGCAUCACUCGUUGCAUCGAUCCGAUCACAGGGCUCGGCUAAGCCCGCCGGCCCCGCACACACGACACGAGAUGGCAAGGGAGUCCUCUUUGCGUCUGGCUACAACUUCGGCACAGGCUCUUCUCGCGAGCAAGCUGCUACUGCUCUGCGCAAUGCAGGCAUUCCACUCGUCAUCGCAGGCUCCUUCGGUGAUAUCUUCAAACGAAACGCGAUCAACAACGCACUCAUCUGCUUGGAGUGCCCCGAUCUCGUCGAUGAUCUCACUACGCUCUUCGGCAAAGACGGCAAGCGAGGGUCGGGUACUGCCGACGGACACUUGACCGCUCAGACGGGCUGGCAAAUCAGUGUUGGCAGCGCAGAUGUCCGAUUGGCAAGAGCGUACAGGAAGUCUCUGUCGCUGGCGGACUGGAGCAGUGGGUCAAAGCUAGGAUCUAGGCAGGUUUAUCCUUGCCAAAAACGCGAAGACAAAGUCGCACAGGUCGGCAAAGUGUACACAUCAGCGCGACGACAGUGCGUUCAAGCUCCUGCAAAGUCUGCGGCUGCGCCUAGCGCGCGGGUCACUGCAAUUCAUCGCGGUGGCAAACGUCACAGCGAUUCAUGGGAGCAGGCAAGUCCUCGGGUUUGA